AUGAUUAAGUUAGCUAAAUUGUUAUCGAAAUCUCCUUAGUAAUUGAAACAAACCUACUUUUUAAAUCAUAAGCCUCAAUUUCAUUAUGGGUAGGUGGAUAGAUUUUUAGACAGAUUAUAAAUGCCACUUUACUUUUAUUUGAUAGGAAUAAAUGUAGGAGUUUAUGCAUUAUGGCAUUUUCCAGCAGUUGAUAAGGUGUAUGUUUAGAAAAUAUAGUUUAGAAUUUUAUGUUCAAACAUUUUACUCUUCAUCCUGGAUCUAUGAGUUUAACAGAAUUGCAUACAUUCAUAACAUAUUCAUUUUCUCAUUAGAAUACAUUACAUUUAUGUAUGCAUAUUAUUAGAUUGUAGUAUUUAAUAUGGUGACUUUUUAUUUUUUCGGAAGAACAAUAGAAGCUUAUUUCGGUUCUAAAAGAUUACUAGCAAUAUAUUUGGCAGGUGCAUUGGUAGGUGGACUUAUGCAAUAGAGAUAAUAAGGUAUAUCAUUAGGUGCAAGUGCAGCCUGUAAUGCUUUAUUAACAUAUUAUAUAUGUAAUUUUCCAAGGGAAAUUAUAUUAUUAUUUUUUAUUCCAGUGCCAGCAUGGGUGGUGGGAUUGCUUAUAUUAUAUUAAGGAUGGGCAGGAUAAGGUGAUGGUAGUGGUAUUGGACAUGAUGCUCAUUUGGGAGGUUGUUUAGCUGGUUUGGCAUUUUACUUUGCUACAAGAGGGAAAAUAUGAUAAUUUAUAUAAAUUCAUUAAUAUAUUAAAACGGAUCUAUGAUAGAAGGGAACUUGGGUGAAUUAAUUUGGGAAAGUAUAGAACUGACUCUGAAUGUUCUUUUGUUAGAUAGAUAGAGGUUGCCUUAAAAAUUGCCAGCUUAGGGAGUAUUGAGAUUGUCACUCAUUCGUGAGUACAAUAAUUACUCAGACACCUAGGUA